AUGACAAAUCAGGAUCAUUGGUCUGCUUCUAACUAUGCCAAACAUGCUUCUUUUGUACCUAAAUUAGGCUCAAUUAUUCUUGAUAUGCUGGACCCACAACCGAACGAACACGUACUUGAUUUUGGUUGCGGCGACGGUAUUUUAACAGAAAAACUUGCCACACGUUGUCAAAAAGUCACAGGGAUUGAUGCCAGUCAGGACAUGAUUCAUAGUGCCGUUGAGCAGCAAAAGGCUAGUAAUAUUGGGUAUCAUGUUGUCGAUGGCUACGAUCUUGAUACUUGGUUUAAUCAACAGAAAUUAUCCCAUUAUGAUGCUGUCUUCUCAAAUGCUACCCUUCAUUGGCUAAAGAAAGACCCUGUGAAAGCAAUUCGAAAUAUUCAUCAAGUAUUGAAGCCCCAAGGUCGUUUUGUUGCUGAAAUGGGUGGGUUUAUGAACGUUGGAGAGAUGCAUUCUGCUUUGAUUGCUGGUUUAAACAAAAGAGGAUUUGACGGUCAAGCCAUUUCUCCUUGGUAUUUCCCUUCAGAUGAAGCCUACACUAAACUGCUUGAAGAAAAUGGUUUCCGUGUAGUUGAAGCCCAGUUGGUGCCUCGUAUGACAGUCCUUAAUACAGAUAUUGCUGGCUGGAUUGAGACAUUUGGUUUUGAAUUUUUGAAGCCUUUAGCUACUGAACAAGAGCGCAAGCAACUUGCUCAAGAAGUGCAAAACUAUCUCCAACCUUGCUAUCAAAGACAGGAUGGUAAAUGGGUCGUUAUGUAUGUCAGACUUCGUGUUAUUGCAACAAAGAAUUAA